CCGAAGCGGACUUGGAAUAGUAAGGCCUGUAUCUACUGUGGAGACAAGGACCACCAAAAGAGAGACUGUCGGGCGAUGAUGGAAGCCCUGACGGAGGGCAUCAUCGAGUUAGAUGAUCGGAAAUAUGUGAUGUGGGCGGAUGAAGGGAAGUCAGUGCCCUUCCUACCCUCGAUGAAGAUUAAUGUAGAUAUCAAGAGGCGAAGGAUGAAUGAGGCAAAGGGGAAACUAGCGCAAGAGUCAGUGGCAGCAAAGGUCUCCCGAGUGAUAUUUGAGGAGGAUCUUGAUGAGUUGCCGGAGAGUCCUGGGAUGAGGAUUUCAUCUAUUAAGUUUGAAGAAAAAGAGGAUAAUGGGGAAGUUUACGUGUGCACUCAGGGUGUUGGCGAAUCGAGUAAAGGAAAGAAAGAAGACCAAGACCAACCAAUGAUGGGCGAGCAAGUGGAGUCGCCAAAGUCACCCCAGUCCCCUAGAAAAAGAGGGGCCAAGAAGUUUCACUUGAAAAGUUCACUGGAUGAGGUAGAUUUGAGGGAGCCGUUAAGGAGGGCUAUGGAAAUGUCCAUUCGUAUUACCUUGAAAGAGUUCAUAGCCAGUUGUGGGCCAGCGCGAGAUGAGCUAAUAGGAAUGAUAAAGAAGGCGAAGGUACCACUAGCGGAGGCUGCGGUUUUGAGCGAGCCGAAGAUAAAAACGAAGACAUUUGUUCUAGCGGUGGAGAAAGGAGAAGUAGAGCAUCUAGAAACCAAUGAUGGUGGGGGCGAUUAUUUUUAUGUCCUUGGUAGCGGGAAGUUGAACGCCACCGUCAAUGGGAUAAGGAUGAAAGCUAUAGUAGACGACGGGUCUGAGUCUACCGUCUGUGAGGAUAAAGUGGCCCGAAAGCUGGGUCUAGAAGUGGACAGGAAUGUAGCCAUUACCAUGGUAUCAGCCAACAAGCCAAAGCAGCCUGCGCUAGGGGUGUGUCAUAAAGCCAAAGUCGUAGUCGCUGGGGUCGAGGCCACUGUACCUGUAUUCACAGUUGAACACUGCUCCUCGGAGCUAAUUCUUGGACGAACGUGGCUGACACGUGUCAAUGCCACUACCGAGAAUAAGCAUGAUGGGAGCCAGACGGUUACCAUAGACGAGCCCGAGGGAAGCAGAGUCACCCUAAAAACUGUGAAUGAAUUUGACAAACGUCAUAAGGUUUCCCUACAGAACAAGGGACUGUUAAAAACGAGAAGUUGUCAGAUGAUUCCCGAGGAAGUCACUCUUGGACCUCAUAAAGUGAAAGAAGCAAAGAUUGAAGUUGAGGACUCGGAGGGCAAGUACGUGGUCGAUGGAAUGGCUUAUGAGAAGGAGGUUGACGACGACGAGUUUGGUGGCCGUGAUAGGACCGGGGAGGUAGAAAUCACUGAGAAAGAGAUCACUCAGAUGAUUAGGGAGCGAAAGGCUACUGAAGAGCAAAGAAUUACCGAUGAGAGGAUAGAGGGGAUGGACAUGGGUGACGGGAACAUAACUAAAGAAGAGAGGGAGUUGAUAAUAGACACCUUGAGAGCGUAUGACAAGGCAAUAGUCUUUUGUGAUGCGGAGAGAGGAAGGAUAGAUCCUAGAUAUGCUAAGCCCGCGAGGAUCUAUACGGUGCCGCACGUGCCGUGGAAUGAUGUUGGGUGGAAGUGCGUGCAAAAGGAGAAGGAGAUGAUACUGAAUUUCUUGAAGGAGAAGAUAAGAACGUUCGUAGCAGAACCAUGUGAGAGCGCCUACGCCAAUAGAUGGUUCUUCAUUCGGAAGUCGAAUGAGAAGCUUCGAUGGAUACAAGACCUACAGAAAAUGAAUAAGGUUACAGUUAGGGACGCCAGAUCUAUCCCGAACGCAGAUCUUCUCUCUGAGGGAGCUGCCGGACGCUCGAUUUACUCGGUCUGCGACCUUUUCUCAGGCUAUGACGAGAUUCUUCUUGAUUACCGAGACCGGCACCUAACGGCCAUGCAUACGCGGUUGGGGCUAAUACAGAUGAUGGUUGUACCUAUGGGAUGGACCAAUGGCGUGGCGGUCUUUCAAAGAGAGAUGGUGGUUGUCUUAGGAGAACUCAUACCGAAUCUGGUGGAGGUUUUCCUGGAUGAUUUCCCAAUCAAGGGACCCUAUGAGAAGGACGAGACUGUGGUGAGGCCUGGAAUAAGGAGGUUCGUCGCUACCCAUGUUGAAGAUAUUAAGAAGGUGCUAGUGAAGUUGGAGGAUGCUAAUCUAACCGUAAGCGGAACUAAAAGUAGGUGGGCAUUGUCUUCUAUACAGAUACUAGGCUACAUCUUUGACAAGGAUGGUAGAAGGCCGGAUCCCGCAAAGUUAGAGAAGCUUAUGAACUGGCCUACUCCGCUACGACAUAUUACUGAUAUACGUCAGUUGCUGGGAGUGGUUGGAUUCUUGAAGAAUUUCAUAAAGGGCUAUGCUGGGAAGGCUGAGCCGCUAAGGAGGCUCUUUCGCAAACGAGUGGAGUGGAGUUGGACGAGUGAGAAGGAGGAUACUGUGAAAGCCCUGAAGGAUGAAUUUAAAGAAGGGGGACAAGUUCUCGGUGUUCCUUACUUUGAGGACGAGGAGAAGCGACCAUUUGUGAUGGAGAUAGACUCUAUGAGAAUGGAGCCAAGUACGACCAGGACUCCGUUGUUCCUUGAGAACCUCUUUACAGGAAAAUACCACCGGAUAGAGCGAUACCUCAUAGGUGACGCCGAGACGGAUGAUAAGGUUAGGAAGGAGGCUCAGCAGUAUUGCCUAAAGGCAGACCACCUCUUUAAGAGACCGCCUAAGAACGGAAUGUCGAAGAGGGUCGUCUGUGAUGAGGAUGAGCAACGAGACAUAAUAGCGGAGCUUCACGACGUCGUUGGAGGACACACAGGAGUGGAAGGAACCUUUGAGAAGGUCAGGAACCUUUAUUGGUGGGAUGGUCUAUAUAGGGACGUGGAAGCGUACUGUCUCACAUGCGUGGAGUGUCAGAAAAGGGUUGUAGUUAAGUAUAGGGAACCCCUAUUUCCUUCGUAUCCUACAACGGUAGGUCAGAAAAUUCACGUGGAUUUAGUUAAGAUGCGCAAAGGAGAAGGGGGAAUGAAUUAUAUCAUGGAUAUUAGGGACGACUUGACCGGAUUUGUAGAAGCAUGGCCGUUACGUCAGAAAACCGGCAAGGCUGUUAGUGGAUACCUUACGAAAUAUAUCACGCGGUAUGGUUGCGUAGGAAAAAUCGUCAUGGAUAGGAGAUCAGAGUUCAUGGCUAAGGAAGUUCAGGAGCUGCUCCAGUGAGCGGGGAUACGGGUGUCACUGUCCACGACAUACCAUUUCCAAACUAAUGCUCAUGUAGAAAGUGGACAUCAGUCUCUAGUGAAUGCGCUCGCCAAAUGGUGUGAAGGGAAGGAAAAGAAGUGGCCUAGGCUCUUAAGAUUCGUUGUCUGGGCGGAUAAUAUUACCGUUCGAUCAACUACGGGAUAUCCACCCUACACUUUGUGGUUUGGCAGGCACUGUCCCUUACCAAUAGAAUUUCAUAUCGAUUCUUGGCAGACAAUUGCCUGGGAAGAAGUCUCGACUAGAGAACAAUUGUUGGCCGCUAGAGUCAAACAAAGAGCCGAGACCCUC